AUGAGUUCCCAACAGCUGGAUGCCGCUCAGCAAGCCAAACUGCAACUGAUGCAGGAUAUGGAAAUCGAAAUGAUGUCCGACCUCUACACUAGAAUGACUCAUGCUUGUCAUAAGAAGUGCAUACCUCCAAAAUACGCCGAUGCUGAAUUGGGCAAAGGCGAAUCCGUUUGUCUGGAUCGCUGCGUGGCCAAGUACCUGGAAAUCCACGAGCGUAUAGGCAAGAAACUCACCGCCAUGAGUGCGCAGGACGAGGAUCUCAAGAAAAAGAUGGGCGUGUAAGCUUGGAUGGAUAUUUUUCCGUACUUGAUAAAGUCAACAUGAGUUCUAGUUUCAUUAGCAUUGUAAUAAUUUUUGUUGAAUCAUGCAAUUCCGUCAUUUUCGACGGAGAAGUUAUUAUGAAGUUAGGAGUGUUCAUUAUGCGUGCCAUUGGGUUCCAAUUGUAAUUAACAUGCGACGCGUUUAAUAAAAUACACCCGAUGAAAACAAA